UACCAUGAGCCCAAGUACAUGACAACUGCUGACAUCCAAAGCAUUGCAUCAUUGACUAACAUUUCUCUGAUGUGGCAUCAAUAUCUGAGGCCAAUGUUUCGGGAGAGAUAUCCAGGCUCCUGUCGAAAUGCUGCAGUGCGUCAGCACAUCAAAAGUUGUUUAGCUGAACUCCAAGCUGGAUGGAUAACAGAAGAGGACACUUUCCAGGAAUCAAUACCUUAUGGAACGGUUACAUUUUCAAAUGUAAUCAGUACUCUCAACAUAAAAGCCAAGCGAAGGCUGGUGGUGGCUUGUCACUACGAUUCAAAAUUCUUCAACAGGUGGUGGGACACCAGAGUGCACAUAAGUGCCACAGAUUCUGCUGUGCCCUGUUCAAUGUUACUGGAAAUGGCUCGUGCACUGGACAAUUUCCUACUUGAGAUGAAGAAUACUCAGGGAAGACCAGACCUUACCCUGCAGCUCAUUUUUUUUGAUGGCCAAGAGGCAAUGCAAUCUUGGUCUGAGGAUGACUCACUUUAUGGUUCCCGACAUUUGGCACAAAAGAUGGAGAAGACUGCACACCCACCGGGCUCAACAAAAACCAACCAACUGCAUGCAAUUGAUCUAUUUGUCUUGUUGGAUUUAAUUGGUGCACCAAACCCAAGAUUUCCAAGUUAUUUUCCAAAUACAGCACGCUGGCAUAAAAGACUGCAGCUGAUAGAAGAGCAGCUGGAUCGUCUGGGGAUUCUGAAUGAACAUUCCAGCAAGGUGAAAUAUUUCUGGAUGAAAAUACCAUCAACGCAUAUUACCGAUGACCAUAUUCCCUUUUCAGUAAGAGGUGUCCCCAUUCUAAAUAUCAUACCUACACCUUUCCCUCAAGUAUGGCACAGCAUGGACAAUGAUGAAAGCAACCUAGAUUCAACAACAAUUGAUAACCUUAACAAAAUACUGCAGUUAUUUGUUUUUGAGUAUCUCAGAAUGUAA